AUGACUAUCGAUGCUACCGUGCGCGCCCGCGCAUCGACUACGCCAGCUGCGCAAACAAAAUACAAGAGACCACACAUCUACGACACCAUCGAGGAGCCGACGCUACUCCGCGAGAUCCUCGUUGAUGACAUCUUCGUGCUGGGAGCCCAGUAUGCCAUCCUCUGCCAGUGGGCGCAUCCGGGCCUGGCCAUCGGUAGCUACAAGCGCUCCAACUUCAAGACGCGCGUAGUGAACCGGCUGCAGACGACGCUGCGCUUCCUCAACGCGGCCGUUUACGGCACCACCGAGGACAAGGAGACCAUCUUCUCCGUCAUCCACAAGUACCACGCCCCCGUGCACGGCGAGGGCUACGACGCCAACGAUCCGGAGCUGCACAAGUGGACGGCCGCGACGCUCUUCGUGUCCAUGAUCGUCAUCCACGAGCUCAUCUUUGGCAAGCUGCCCCGCGAAAAGGAGGAGGCGCUGCUCCGGCAGGCGGCCGUGUAUGGUACCAGCCUGCGCAUGCCGCCCGAGAUGUGGCCUGACAGCCUCGACGCCUUCUGGGCGUACUGGGACCACAACAUUGCCACGCUCGAAAUCACGCCCGAGGCUCGCAGCCUCUGCCACGACCUCAUGCACCCGGAGAACCUGCCGUUUGCGCUCGCCGCCCUCUCGCCGCUCGCGCGCCUCGUCACGGCCAACGUGCUGCCGCCGCGCCUGGCCAUGGAGUACGACAUGGAACCGACGGCCGCGAGCAGGGCCCUGUUUGGCACCUUCACGUACGCCAUGGCGACGGUGUAUCCGCUGCUGCCGUUGAGUAUGCGCCAGACCAAACACCAGCAGCACAUGGAGGACUUGAAGCGUGCGGUCAAGCGGAUCAAAGAAACGGGACAUUGGGCUGGUACACCAGCUGCAUAG